AUGGCUUUGCAGUGCAAGAACCCUCCCGCCAUAAAUUCAGGACUGCAUCGUACCUUAAACAUAGAAGAGGCUUCCUGCCUGCAUAACAAAGUCCGGACGUCAUGUUUCAGUGCCAAUUAUCGAUAUCUGCAAUACCCACUCGAUCGACUCCAGAUCCCUAUCUCCCAAUCACCCCAACCGGCCUCAACCCUGCCCACUCCCAUCGCUCUCCACUCCAUCUAUCCAUGCCUUGACCACUGUUCAAAGCUCAGCCACCGCCUCCAUGCAGCACAGACACCUCGAUUCGAGCAUAGCACUGAUUCAGAGUCGUACCAGCAACUCGGCUUGCCCGAUGAUGGGCUAGCGAGACGAGUAUCCGAGCCAACGUCUUUUUGA